CAAAUGCGGUCAGAUCAGUCUAUAAGGGUAUUUUACAGUAGAUUAACGGAAUAAACCGCCGAAAUUACAUCAACAUGCCAUUCGAUUAAGCCAAUGUAGUUUAUCAUGAGAAAUAGGUCUAAUGCAACAACAACAAAAAACACACAUAUGUAAAAGCAAAUCUUCUAGAAAAGUGAAGAACAUUCUAAACAUGGCUCUUUGACACCUGGCGGACGGAAGGUGCAACAACAGAAUCACCAGCAGACGGUUUUCCCUACAGCCGCAUUCUACGAGCCACGAGAGGAAAAGAGGAGUGACUUGCACAGUUUUGAAAGCAAGCAGGGAAAAUGGCAGACGCCGAGGACGAGAAGCUGCCGUCCGGGUGGGAAAAGCGGAUGAGCCGCAGUUCGAGUAGAGUGUACUACUUUAACCACAUCACCAAUGCCAGCCAGUGGGAGCGUCCUGUGGGGUCAGGUGAUGGGAGUGGCGAGCCAGACAAGGUGCGUUGUUCCCACCUCCUGGUGAAGCACAGCCAAUCGCGUCGCCCGUCCUCCUGGAGGGAGGAGAACAUCACACGCUCCAAAGACGAGGCCCUCGACCUCAUACAGAAGUACAUAGAGCAGAUGCAGUCAGGAGAGGAGGAGUUUGAGGCUCUGGCCUCUCAGUUCAGUGACUGCAGCUCCGCACGCAACGGAGGAGACCUGGGACUGUUCGGCAGAGGUCAGAUGCAGAAGCCGUUUGAGGAUGCGUCCUUUGCUCUGAAGGUGGGAGACAUGAGUGGUCCGGUGUUCACCGAUUCUGGAGUUCACGUCAUCCUCCGCACGGGAUAGAGACAAACUCUGACCCCCUGAAUACCCCUUGAAUACCCCCAUCUCCCCCUGAAUACCCCCUGAGUACCCCCAUCUCCCCCUGAAUACCCCCAUCUCCCCC